AUGGCUGCUACUACAACUUUUAUUGUUCCAAAGCGACAAAUACUUACCAAAGAAGAUCUUGAAAAGUUUCAUGAUUCUGAUGCAUUUAACGACUUUAUUGGUUUUAUUGAGAGAUUAAAUAAUUCGGUUAAAGGACUAUCCUUAACUACCGAAUGUUUUAUUUCUCCGACUUUGUCAAAGAUGUUGGAGAUAUUAGAUCAAAUGAAUGCUUAUUGCGAAGAGAUACCACCUGUACAAAAUGAAAAGAGUAGAUUUGGAAAUCCGGCUUUUAGGGAUUUCUAUGAUCGAGUUGUUAAUAAUGCGGAAGAACUUCAUGAAAAUUUCUCUUUACCUUCGGCAGCCAUUAAAGAAGUUUCCCGUUAUUUUAUGGAAAGCUGGGGAAAUCGUAAGAGAAUAGAUUAUGGCACGGGUCAUGAAGCUAAUUUCAUGGCUUGGUUAUUAUGUUUUGAAAAAUUAGGAUUGAUCGGAUCAGAUGAUUACGCAUCUAUUAUAUUAAGAGUCUUUCAAAAGUAUAUAGAUAUCAUGAGGAAUCUUCAAUUUAAAUAUUGGCUUGAACCAGCCGGUUCUCACGGAGUUUGGGGAUUGGAUGAUUAUCAUUUUUUACCAUUUAUGUUUGGGUCAUCUCAAUUAAUAGGUCAUAAAUAUAUCAAGCCAAAGUCUAUUCAUGAUAAGGAUAUUGUUGAUGAAUUUUCCAAAGAUUUUAUGUAUUUGUCCUGGGUUAAAGAAUGGAAGAAGGUUAACGAAGGAAUGAUUAAGAUGUAUAAAGGCGAAGUGCUUGGAAAGUUACCUAUAAUGCAACAUUUUAUGUUUGGAAAAUUUCCUGAUUGUUGUGGUAUUAAAAUCCCAAGUGCCGUCGGUGCUAGUCAAAUGAAUAUGAAAGAAGGAAAAUUUAGAAGGUUACCGUUCGAUUAA